UAUAUCAAUGCAUAAAUGUAAUUGCGCGUGCGUUCAUGUGUGCGUAUGUAUAUUGGAGAUGAAUUAGAUAAAUAUCACGCGCGCGCGCGCACACAUAUUUCGUUCCUUUAGAAUUAUUCGGUAAAAUUCUGUGUCGCCUGCAAUGAUAAUAAUUGCUACUCAUAUAAAGCAAAUUUAUUCCCCCUGGAGCUUCAAAUGUUUUCCGAUUCUACUGGCGGCAAGAGCUGUUGGUUGACGAAGCAGGAAGCCGGUUUUAGUCUUCGAUGAUACAUUCGCUGGUUCGGAGUAUAAAUGAAGGACAAUGACCUAAUUGCGUACAGAACGCGGCGAACUUCUUUGCGCGGUCAAUCACCGCGCGCGUAUAAUUUAUAUUUCAUUUAUUUAUAAGCAUACGAUCCAAAUUGAUUUCUAAUCUUCUAAUAUAAUAACGGAAACGGUGGAGUUUUGCAUGUUGCAGUCUACAAAAGCGUAAAUUAUUAUGAAGACGGCUAAUUGGAUUUGCUGGCUUCUUGCCACGUGCAUCUGUAUUUCUGAGGCGAAAAGUAAGAUUAGGAGACCGUCAUCUCCACCAUACGCGUCUACACUGAUACUGAAAAAGCCUCGGCCCAUCAAUCACCGAAUAUCCAUGGGGAAUACCAUCCAUAUUGGCGCUCCUUCUCGUCAGAGAAUACCUUAUAAACACACCAAUUACAGAAUUCGUCGGCCUACAGUGUAUAAUGUUUUGUCAAAUAAUUGGAAGAAUCAAAUUCCAAUACGAGCAUUUCCUUUGAACAAUCAUGCAAUAUUACCGCAACAUGGCACACCCACCAAGGAUUUUUAUUCUAUAAACAAGAUACAGGAAUAUAGUUCGCAAUACAAGCCAGAGCUAGCAAUAUUGCCGCCUACUCAUCGAGGGGAUAUUGAUGAUGACAAAGGACCUAUUCAUACGAUUCCAGCACCAAAUUUGGGUCCAGCGGAUAAGCCUUACAAUUUGCCGACUAAUUCGGGAAAGACUGCACAUUAUCCACCAUAUUUGAAUGAUUUAAAUUAUCAUACCACUGUGCACAAUCCUAUGACGGCAACUUUUGGAUCAACCGCAAUUAAUAGCAGUCUGCCGCUACAAAGAAUAGCGACAAAUUCGAGUCCGUUGCUGCAUCAAUACGAAGUUACAGAAAACAAUGAUGUAGCUUUAAACGAACAUCAAAAUAUUCAACCUGAAGCAAUUCAUCAGGCUCAAAAUUUAGAUAUAACAAGGCUAUAUUCAAGUAUAACUAAUAAUCCUCAUCAAUCUUCACAAUCCAACGAGCUUUUCGCAAAUCAUGCUAUUAAUUCGAACGCAGAGUCAAAUGUACAAUUUGGCCAAUCAAAUAUGCCAAUGCAAACGAACCUUCAUAGUUCCUUACACGUCGGAUUUCCUUCUACAGUCAUUCAAACACCAUACACCGUACAACAGAUUCCAGCAAAUUUCCAUAUAGGUCAUCCAGUUUCAGCAGGAUCACCGUUAUCAGCUACGCAACUGUACGACCUAUUGAAUAAUUUUCCACAAAAAUUUGCAGAGCAAUAUACAUCAGAUCAGCAACACAUUCUUCAGCAGCAACUUGGACAAAUAUUUCAACCAGAUAUAGUAACAAGCUUUUCUCAACCGCAAAUGCAUUCUUUCAAUUACGACGAACAGGCUAAUCAAUUACAACAACAGCAAAUUUUACCUGAUCAAGAUUACACUUCCGAAAGUGUUACAGCGAAUCAUGAUCCGGGAUCGGAAUCUUCAAUAGAUACACGUAAACAAAAUGAUGUGCACGUAAACGAAGAAUUUAUAUAUUCUACAGAUGGAAUCGAGCAGUCCGAAAACAAUAUUGAUAAUGAAGAAAUGACUCAUCAAGUAAAUCAGGCGACGUAUUUCGAUAAAAUGGCUGACACUAGUGCCAUAUCGACAAAAUUCUACACGACACUUCCCAAUAGAGAAGCUGCUGAAAAAUUAGCUGCGUUAGCUGCUGCAGGUCAUGUCAAUAGUCGGCUUAUAAAUCAGCUGCAAAAACAACAAGAGGAAGAUACACAGAAAAAUCCAAUUCCGCUUAAUCAUAAGGAUGAUGAUGAUUUUGAAAAUCAACAGCAUGAUGAACAUAUGUAUAAUCAACAAAAAUCACAUCGUAAAAGUCAACAGCAUGAUCACAGGCAAAAUUUUAAGGUACAAGACAAUGGAAAGUUACCUCUACAAAUUACGAUACCCGAUGAAAAAGACGAUUAUAUUACGAGUGAUGAAGAUCAGCAAAGUAAUACAAAAAGAGAUAACAUAGACGUAGAGUACGAGUAUGAAGAUGGGGAAAUUGAAGAUCCGCAAUCUACCAUUUCACUUAAAACGACAUCUCACAAUAAUAAUUCCUAUGCUGAGUUUGGCACCCGUUUAUAUUCUUAGAAAAGUUGACACUUUUCUAAGAUAUUUUAUUUAAAGUCCCUCCCCCCACAUGUUUAUAAGAUGUAUAUUUACAUAUAUCUCGUCGAAACGGGCUAUAAGUCUAUAUAGACUUGUAGAAUUUCAUUGAUGUUGUUUCAAGUAUUCGCGCAUCAUUGAUCGAUAAA